AUGCUGUCCAGGACUGCUCGUUUCGCCUCGGGGCGCGCCCUCGCCGCCGCCAGCUCCUCCGUUGCCCGAGGCACAAUCUCGGGCGCCCUCGUCCGCCCUGCCGUUGCUGCUCCUGCUGUCUUUUCCGUCUCGGCCAAGCGCUCUUACCACGAAAAGGUGCUCGACCACUAUUCGCGCCCGCGUAAUGUCGGCUCCAUGGACAAGAAGGACGUAGAUGUCGGCACCGGCCUGGUCGGCGCCCCGGCAUGUGGCGACGUGAUGAAACUGCAGAUUCGCGUGGACCCCGAGACCAACACCAUCUCAGACGUCAAGUUCAAGACGUUUGGCUGCGGCUCCGCCAUUGCCUCGAGCAGCUACCUCACGGAGCUCGUGCGUGGUAUGAGCCUUGAUGAUGCUGGCAAGGUCAAGAACACUGAGAUUGCCAAGGAGCUGUGCCUACCUCCUGUCAAGCUCCACUGCUCUAUGCUCGCCGAGGAUGCCAUCAAGUCUGCCAUCUCUGACUACUACAGCAAGAACCCCAAGAUCCAGACCACCAAUCUGAGCGGUACUGAGAUGAAGAUGCCUAUUGGCGCCACUGCUGAGGCCACUCCGGCGUAA